UGAUUGACGUUUGUAAAGUGCUUUGAUAUCUUUCAUAGAGUGUCCAAUAAGAGCAAAAUGUGUCAUCAGAACUUAGUCUAAAGCAAACUAUUCUAAACCAUCUUGAGUAGAUACUAAGCAGUUAAUGUCUUCGUUAUAAGUUGUACUUAUAUUUUUGAGAGAAAGUUUUUCAUGUUCUGAUUUUCUUUUAAGUAUCAGCUGUAUGCUUGGUGUCUUUAUCUGUUAGCUUGAGUUCCAACAUGCUCUGUAGAUGGUCAGUCACCUACAGAGGACAAUUUUUCUAGCCAAGCAGUAAAUCCACCUUAAAAUGCUUCUUGCCAAGGACAAUGCCUUUGCAAAUAUUUGAGAUGUUUAUUCUCAGUUGUGAUUUAUUACUGAAUCUGUGUCUUCAUAGCUACUCCUUGGGAGGUGCAGAAGGAGGCAGAGCCAGAAAGCAAGUCCCUGCAAUCAGUUCAUUAUAGAGAAAGAAAAAGCUGUUAUUUCAGGGUUCUGGUGGAUAGACUUUCCGAUAUGUAUGUUCUGUGUCUAUUUUAUUUCAUGUAGUGCUGCAUCUAAUCACGCUGUUUAAUCGAAUAGAAUGUCCUUUUGCUUUGCUUUUGCUUGUAAAGAGCACACAGCACUGCCACCUUGUUGCCAAAGUUUGGUCUGAUUUGAAUGUGCUUAAAAAUCAAGUGAAUGCCUGUUAGGAAAAAGCUUACUCCUUCUCUUUGUCAGUACUUGCAAAAACAACUUAAAAGAAGUUAGCAUUAUUGGACUGAAUUCAGUAAUUAGCAUAAUCAUGAUGCUAUGUAUUGUUCACCAGGGCACGCCCCUUGGCCGCAUUUCCCAUUAAGAGGACACCGAUGUUGUCCUAGUGAAUAAAUCCCGGCACACAUGAUGCAAAUCAGCGUGUUCCUGCCUGCCGCUUGGCUGCGGUUAAUUUUAGCCGGGGUUAGUUCUAUGAGUUGUAAAAGUAGAAGUUAGCAAGCUGAAAUGUGACUUCUCGGCCUAAGGUGAUAGGAUAUCUAUUUUAGACUUCAGAUUGUGUUUAUGAUCAGGAGAGCAGUCUUCUGAAGAAUUGUGGCUCCGUUUUCUUGGAAACUACUUGAGGAGACAUCACAGCUUUCCCAGAUCGGGAGGAAAAAUAUGGAAUGUGUUUUACCGCUGACUGAACACAACCAAAUGAACUGUCCUGACAGUAGUUUGCAAACCAGCAGCUAGCAGUUUGUCCAGCCUCUAACAUUGUCCAGCACUUUCCAGAGCAAACUCACUGUUUACAAGAACUCUUGGCCUUACGAAGUUUAUAACCUCAAGCUUUGUUUAUUUAAAAUAUUCCUGCAAAAGAAAAGUACCUGGCACCCACUUUCCAAAAUGGCCAUGGAUGAGUAUUUGUGGAUGGUCAUUUUGGGUUUCAUCAUAGCUUUCAUCUUGGCCUUUUCUGUUGGUGCAAACGACGUUGCCAACUCCUUUGGUACGGCCGUGGGCUCUGGUGUGGUGACCUUGAGGCAGGCGUGCAUUUUAGCUUCAAUAUUUGAAACCACCGGCUCCGUAUUACUAGGAGCCAAAGUAGGAGAAACCAUUCGCAAAGGUAUCAUUGACGUGAACCUGUACAACGAGACGGUGGAGACGCUCAUGGCUGGGGAAGUUAGUGCCAUGGUUGGUGAGACAUAUCCUCUUGUAGGAAGAGUCCUGCAGCAGGAGAUUUUUUUUUUUAAUUAUUCAGUUGCUUCUUGGUUUAUAUCUCCACUGUUGUCUGGUUUCAUGUCUGGCCUGCUGUUUGUACUCAUCAGAAUUUUCAUCUUAAAAAAGGAAGACCCUGUUCCCAACGGUCUCCGGGCACUCCCAGUAUUCUAUGCUGCUACCAUAGCAAUCAAUGUCUUUUCCAUCAUGUACACAGGAGCACCAGUGCUCGGCCUGGUUCUCCCCAUGUGGGCCAUAGCCCUCAUUUCCUUUGGUGUCGCCCUCCUGUUCGCUUUCUUUGUGUGGCUCUUCGUAUGUCCGUGGAUGCGGAGGAAAAUAACAGGCAAAUUACAAAAAGAAGGUGCUUUAUCACGAGUAUCUGACGAAAGCCUCAGUAAAGUUCAGGAAGCAGAGUCCCCAGUAUUUAAAGAGCUACCAGGUGCCAAGGCUAAUGAUGACAGCACCAUCCCGCUCACAGGAGCAGCAGGGGAGACGUCGGGGACCUCAGAAGGCACCUCUGCAGGCAGCCACCCUCGGGCUGCAUACGGAAGGGCGCUGUCCAUGACCCAUGGCUCUGUGAAAUCGCCCGUCUCCAACGGCACCUUCGGCUUCGACGGCCAUACCAGGAGCGACGGACAUGUGUACCACACCGUGCACAAAGACUCGGGGCUCUACAAAGACCUGCUGCACAAAAUCCACAUCGACAGGGGCCCCGAGGAGAAGCCGGCCCAGGAAAGCAACUACAGGCUGCUGCGCCGUAACAACAGUUACACCUGCUACACCGCAGCCAUCUGCGGGCUGCCAGUGCACCACACCUUCCGAGCUGCGGACUCAUCGGCCCCAGAGGACAGCGAGAAGCUGGUGGGCGACACCGUGUCCUACUCCAAGAAGAGACUGCGCUACGACAGCUACUCGAGCUACUGCAACGCGGUGGCAGAGGCGGAGAUCGAGGCGGAGGAGGGCGGCGUGGAGAUGAAACUGGCGUCAGAGCUGGCCGAUCCUGACCAGCCACGAGAGGACCCUGCGGAGGAGGAGAAGGAGGAGAAGGACGCGCCCGAGGUGCAUCUCCUGUUCCAUUUCCUGCAGGUCCUCACCGCCUGUUUCGGUUCGUUUGCUCACGGCGGCAAUGACGUGAGUAAUGCCAUCGGUCCCCUGGUAGCUUUGUGGCUGAUUUACAAACAAGGCGGGGUAAUGCAAGAAGCAGCUACACCCGUCUGGCUGCUGUUUUAUGGAGGAGUUGGAAUCUGCACUGGCCUCUGGGUCUGGGGGAGAAGAGUGAUCCAGACCAUGGGGAAAGACCUCACUCCCAUCACGCCGUCCAGCGGCUUCACAAUCGAGCUGGCCUCAGCCUUCACGGUGGUGAUCGCCUCCAACAUUGGGCUUCCAGUCAGCACUACGCACUGCAAGGUGGGCUCGGUGGUGGCCGUGGGCUGGAUCCGCUCCCGCAAGGCUGUGGACUGGCGCCUUUUUCGGAACAUCUUCGUGGCCUGGUUCGUGACCGUCCCUGUGGCUGGGCUGUUCAGCGCUGCUGUCAUGGCUCUUCUCAUGUAUGGGAUCCUUCCAUAUGUGUGAUUUGUCUUCUUCCAGCUGCAAACAGCUAAAGGGAUGGUCUGGUGUGGGCGUGUGGGAAACACGUGCCCUCGUGCCACACAUACACAUCCUGGCCUUGCACGGUUCUCAUGACCAGCUCUCUGCCUCCCUUCCAGGAGGCUCCAUCCCACACCGUUCACCCGGGCUGCGGAGACUCACCUUCUCGAGCUAACUUAACUACUGUACAUAAUAAUAUGUAUUAAACUGGUAUCCUGGUGAUAUAAUGUGGUGCAGUUACUUAUAUAUUAAAUAUCUAUUGUAUCCAUAGAAUAGGCAGCGUUAUUUCAAACAUAUUCAAGUUGGAAGUGGAAAUCAUUGCCUAGAAGUCAAUAUUCAGUAAAUCUUGUACAUAACUAUUUCGAUGGCAAAUGUUAAGCCUUUUAAAAGGAAAGAGUAGAUUGGAAAAUGAUUUUUUUCCAAAUGAUGUUUUUCCCUUCUAAUAUACUAUAAGGUGAUGAGCUUCAGGACAGGCGACACGACCCUGCAGAGGCCGCGUGCCAUGGGAUGCCAGCGGGAUGGGAGCUCACAAGUGCUUUCACUGAAGAUUUGUUCAUAUAUUGUGUAUUGAUUCUUGUGUAAUAUAUCAUCAUUGCUUUUGUAAAUACGUAAAACUGUAAUUUUUUAAUGGUGUGCUUCCCUUAUACUUUUUUGAUCAGAGAAUUUUGGAAAGUACCAAAGAAGCAGGGGAAUCGUUGGCCAGUGUUACAUUUUCACAUUGUCUGUCUCCCACCCUCACUGAUCAUGCCUGCCCCGGAGCAGCGUGUGGCGGUGACACCGUCACCCAGCAUGCGCCACGCCGUGGCUCCCACCAGCAGUGCCACCGCCGCCACCACACCCCAGAUCCCGCCCGCCCUGCAGUGGCCUUUCCUUGUCAUCAGAGUAGAGAAUGCACAGGUGUUGGUGAGGGCGUGCGGCUGAGCACUACAUGUCAAGUCCAGGGUCAGUUUUCAUCCCAAUUCUCCCGGCAGCCCGAAGAAUGGAUCCUUGUCUCAAAUGUCAGCACAAAGGAGGCUUUUUCUGUGCUUUGACAUUCUAGCAGUUCAGGGAUGGGAGGGAGGGGAAAUCCUGGACGCUGGAUGGAGUAUUUCUCUGAGGCCCACACAAAGCUGGACAUCCCCAGGCUCUACUCUAUCCCAUUGGAGUCUCUUUUGAUAGCGGGAGGGAGGAAGUACGACUAAUGUUGGAGCCUGAAACUAUGGAAAUGCUGCUAAAAUUUUUAUAUUGACAAACAUUUUCUUGGUACUUCAUUGUGAUUUUUCAUUAAUCAACCAUAUUAAAUUUAUAAUAAAAAAUGCCCCUCGGAA